AUGGGGCGAUGGCAGCGCGAGUAUGAGAGCAAAUGGUGCGACUACACACAAGGAGUGAUUCAUGAUUUCUGUAGGACGUAUGCAGUUCAGUGCAGUUCGUCCAUUACACAAGCAGAUGAGUAUGAAUUACAAAAAGUCCUAGCGGUAGAAGGAAUCGCCCACGUGCCUCCAAAUCACAGUCGAUGGCGUGCGCCUAUCCCUGCGUCACAGUCGCCUUUGACCGCUUUCGAUGCUCAAGACUCACUCAUGUCGGUAGGUUCGUCGUACGUUUACAACACUCCACCACCUCCAGACACUCAAGAUAUAUUCCCAGCCUUCAGUUCACAGGAGGAUUUCGAAUGCCAAUUGACGUCUAGACGUCGAUUGAGCGCUUCCCAGCGAUUACAGCUGCGAAUGGCUGAUAUGUCGCCAAUUGCAGGUGAUAGACGCACUUCUAUUGAGUGUGCAACAACAAUCUCACCGCCUUCUGGAACGUCCAAGUCACCCUGGACACCUAGACAGUCGUCGCCAAAACUAAUUGGAAAGACGCGACGAACGCCUCGUCGGUCGCUUGAAGCACGUUUUAAAGGUGACGACUUGAAUGUCUCGAUACAGUCGAUACGUCUUUGUGACGAUGAAGAAAGUCAAAUGGAGGACAAAAAGACGGAGGCAGAGGAUACGCAAAUGACUGACAUGUCGGAAGUUUAUGACGAAGAGGAGAAAGCUGCGGUGGGUAGUGAUUAUGAAGAUGAUGCUGAACAAGAAAAGGAGAUUGACCGUGUAGACGUCGCUGCAGAUGAACAAGGUGUUGAUCCGUGGUCCAUGAUUAAGCAUGACGAUGAUGCUGAAGAUAUGAACAUGUUCAAGGAGCUGGUAUUUCUUAAGAGUGACAGCGAGGACGACAAAGAAAGAGAGACGAAGGAGCAAGUUGAUGCUGACGCUGUGGUAGAGGAGAAACGAGUGAACACAGAUACAUCGCUUACUAUCAACAUUAGUGGUAAGUCCAUCGAUGCGUCAUUGUCGCCGAAAAGUUUGACUGAAAGGCCGACAUCGGCUUCCGAACAUGACUUUGAGUUUCUUGGAACGGAAAAUGAUUGCAACAACAAUAUUCAACAGCCUCAAAGUGGAGAAAAAGAUGUAGAGAUGCACGGAUUAGCACGGUCUGUAGUGGAGAGUGCACCGUGUUCCUCUAGUGCAAUUCAGACCGUUGGAGAGCCAUCUCAGGAAGACACCAAUUAUCCUGUCGACCAGCAACAGAUUCCUGCCCAGACAACCCGAACAUUGACCCCCACUUCAGCUAACAGCAACAGUGUAGCAAGGCAAAGCCAGCCGGUGUUGGUGAGGCGGUCAACUGGUACUUUACCCGCAAAUCUCUCGCCGCAGACAAGAACACCGCAUGCAUGGUCGAAAAACUUGCCAGCAAGAGAAACAUCUUACACAAGACCCACAACUGUGUUAACGAGAGACCCAGCUAUCGCUUUAUCAUUGUCUGUAGAGAAAACGACGUUUGCUGUCCAAGCAGCUUCGUCUGUACAAAAAGCUUUGCAUGCAUACCCCGCACCUGCAUCAACAGCACAAACUCUCUCUACUGUUUCAGCAUCGUCCAAAUCCGCGUUAUCACGGAAGCGUGCAAAUCGAAGUCCGCUAUUGCGCGCGAAACUGCCGCUGCAAAUGGAGUAUCGCUUCGCUAGCGACAAGCGUCGGCGUCACAGGCGUCGAAAAUCUCUUGCAGCUAAGCCGGGCGUGUUUCCCUACGUUGUGCCAGAACUUCUAGUAGAGCUGCAACCAUACCAAAAGAAGGCACUAGAAUGGAUGCUAAAAAGAGAGAAGGAACUUGGUGGCCCCAUUACUAUUGAUCAGCAACGCCGUGGCGAAGUAACUGCUGUCGACGCUUUGGUUGCAAAGGUGCGCGGUGGAGUUUUAGCCGAUGAAAUGGGUCUUGGUAAGACGAUAUGCUGCCUUGCUCUCAUAUGCGAAUCUCUCCGCCUCACCCGAGCGGCGGAUGCUCAGGCAAGAAGUGAGACUGGCAGUACUGUUUCGCGGCUAAAUCCUCCAACCCUUAUUGUGACACCGUUGUCUAUCCUAUCGCAGUGGAAACAAGAACUACAAGCAAAGACGAACUUGAGUGUGGUAACGUAUCAAGGCGGUACGCGCAAGAGCUUUCGCUCAGCCACGCAGUUUAUGGGAGCUGACAUUGUCCUCUCGACCUACGACACCCUUCGGCUUUUGGAGUGUAAGGUCCAAGAUAAAGACAUUGACCAUGACGAUGACGAAGAGGAUAGCGAUGGAACUCGUGCAAAAGAUGAUGGGUGGCAUCAAGCGCCACGUCUUGUCUCACGUUCUAAGAAGUCCGUGUUGACAUCAAAGCUGCACCAAUUGCAGUGGUUCCGAGUAAUUUUAGAUGAAAGCCAUCUGAUUGCAAAUGCUGGAUGCGGACGAGCGCGAGCUGCGUUUACACUAAGCAGCAAACGUCGUUGGUGUGUGACCGGAACACCAAUCCAAAAUCGCACGGCAGACCUAGCAGCACUGCUGCAAUUUGUUGGGCUAGGCAAUCGUGCUCACACUCUUUCAGAGCAAGAACUUCAAGCGCUAGUGCCUCGCGUUGUAAUGCGCCGUCUUAAAUCUACGGUCGAUGUGUGUUCAAGAGCUCCUAUCUUGGAGCUUCCCAAAAAGACUGAAGAGACAAUCGUGCUUGACUUUGAUUCAGAUGUCGAACGAGCGCUGUACAUUUUGUUGCAUCGCUCUACUAAAUGGCAAGUACUUCGGUAUUUGCAGUCCAAGGAGGCCAAACUAACGCACCGAACUCCCCUCACAACCUCAAGCAAAGAAGACAGUCAAGAACGUUCACUGUUCAUGCACGUGUUUGAACUGAUUCUGCGACUGCGGCAAUUGUGCAAUUCCUGUGCUCUGGUGACCGCAAAUCCGUUUGCCGAAGUCGAAACACGAGUAAAUAGCGCUGAAGCGCUUGCUGGGAAUGGAGUACUCGACGGCAUUUCUCCGUUCUCAACUGGAGAGAUUGAAUUGUUAAAGCGGCUUCAGAAGCAGCAUACGGAUGCAAAUGGUCUUUCCGGGUACAAUCCUUUGGAAUCAACAAAGCUGACAGCAUUGAUGCAGGAGUUGAAGAAGGUACGAGCCUGUCGGGAACGAGUGUUGGUAAUUUCACAAUGGACAAGCUACCUGGACAUGAUUGGAGAGCGCCUUGAGAUUCACAAUGCACAAUGUGAAGCACGCGUUUUGUCUGUAAAUGAUGCGUCUGAAGCAGGCAACGAGGCUAUCAUGUUUGCAAAAUUAGACGGUAGAAUGUCUGUCAAGGAUCGAGAGCAAGUCGUGCGCAAUUUCCAACAGCAUGAAGACACCUUCGACAUGGGACCAGUUGUUGGGCCACCGCUGGAUGUGCUACUGCUUUCUUUGCGUACUGGUGGUCUCGGAUUGAAUCUCACAGCUGCGGCGCAUGUUUUCAUCAUGGAACCUAGCUGGAACCCAAGCCUUGAGCGCCAAGCGAUUGAUCGAGCUCACCGUUUUGGCCAGACAAGAGAGGUACGCGUCGUUCGCUUCAUCAUCAAAGGCUCCAUUGAGGAGCGUGUUGUGGCUUUGCAACACAAAAAGCGCCAGCUUACGGCUGCCUUCUUAGGCGAUGGUGGUAUCAUCUCCAGUGCUAAAGAGAAUCGACUUCACGAGUCGAGAUUGUCAACUGGUGAUCUUAGAAGACUGUUUUUCACGCAGCAUGAGCAAGACGUAGAGGAAGAUCAACACUACCAUGACGACGAAAAUGAUGGUGUAGAAGAUCACGAAGAUGGAAACUACGAUGACAGUGCGGCGUUCGUUGAAUUUGAAUGA